GACACACGUGCACGAGGUGGGAGGAGCACCCAGCCCAGGAGGCUGUGCCGGCGAUAAAAGCGAAUGCCGCGUGAGGGCUGGGCCCGGGUGGCAGGUGCGGUGACCAGGGCCGCUUUCCGAGACACAGCAGGAACGAGCCCGGAGGCUUUCCUGUCUGAAAAACCCACCAUGGGACGCUCGGCUGUCCUCCUCGCCGUGGCCCUGGCCACCCUCCUGGCUCCGGGGACAGGGGCUCCCGUCGGCAGGAAGGUCUCCCGGAAUAAGCUGCUGCUGGUGUCCUUUGACGGCUUCCGCUGGGACUAUGACCAGGACGUGCCCACCCCCAACCUGGACGCCAUGGCACUCGACGGGGUGAAAGCACGCUACAUGACCCCGGCCUUCGUCACCAUGACCAGCCCCUGCCACUUCACCCUGGUCACUGGCAAAUACAUCGAGAACCACGGCGUGGUUCACAACAUGUACUACAACACCACCAGCAAGGUGAAGCUGCCCUACCACGCUACGCUGGGCGUCCAGAAGUGGUGGGACAAUGGCAGCUUACCCAUCUGGAUCACAGCCCAGAGGCAGGGCCUAAAGACCGGCUCCUUCUUCUACCCUGGCGGGAACGUCACCUACCAAAACAUGGCCGUGACGCUGAGCCGGAAGGAAGGCGCCCUGCAUGACUACGGAAACGAGGAGGAGUGGAAAGCCAACAUCGACACGGUGAUGACCUGGUUCACGGGGGAGGGCCUGGACCUGGUCACGCUCUACUUCGGGGAGCCCGACUCCACGGGCCACAAGUACGGCCCCGAGUCCCAGCAGAGGAAGGACAUGGUGAUGCAGGUGGACAGGACCGUGGGCUACCUCCGGGACAGCAUCAGGAGCAGCGGCCUGGAGGACAGCCUCAACCUGAUCGUCACCUCCGACCACGGCAUGACCACCGUCCACAAGCAGGCCCCGGACCUGGUGGAGUUCCACAAGUUCCCCAACUUCACCUUCAAGGACAUCGAAUUUGAGCUCCUGGACUACGGGCCGAACGGGAUGCUGCUCCCCAAGGAGGGCAGGCUGGAGAAGGUGUACGAGGUCCUCAAGGACGCCCACCCCAAACUGCACGUCUUCAAGAAGGAGUCCUUCCCCUCGUCCCUCCACUACGCCAACAACGCCAGGAUCACCCCCUUGCUCAUGUUCAGCGACCCCGGCUACGUCAUCCACGGGAGACUGAGCGUGCAGUUCAACAAGGGGGAACACGGCUUUCACAACAAUGUCACAGACAUGAAGACCAUCUUCCGGGCCGUGGGCCCCAGCUUCAAGCGGGGCCUGGAGGUGGAGCCCUUCGAGAGCGUCCACGUGUACGAGCUCAUGUGCAAGCUGCUGCGCAUUGUGCCCGAGGCCAACGACGGGUCCCUCAGCGUCCUGCUGCCCACACUGCAGGAAACCAGCCACGGGCCCCUCAGCACCGUGCCGCCCACACUGCAGGAAACCAGCCACGGGCCCCUCAGCACCGUGCCGCCCACGUCCCCCUCGGGGUUUGCCCUCGUGCCACGUGGCUGGUGCCCCUUGGUGAUGGGACUCUCAGUGGCUACGAUUCUUCUGGCCAAGGUCGCAUAAUGCCGCUCAAGACCAGCCAACAGACAAUUAUUCUUCCAGGCCCGCCUCUUCCAGGAAGCCUCCAGAAGCUGCCCUCUCAGUGCGUGAGUCCGCUGGACACGGAUGGGCCUUUAAUCCCAACUUGACCACAGACCUCAGUGUCCCCACAGCCCCAGCUCAUGCUCAGUCGUUCUGGUGCUGGCAGUGGGGCCCCUGCCCAGGUCCGGGACGGCGCAGGGUCCCCCUCCCCUCCCCUCUCCCCCUCUUCCCACAGGCCCCGCCCCACAAGCCGUGCCGUCUGCGGCCACGCGGGGGCGCGCGGGAGCCCCGCGCGGGAAGGUCCGGCGGCCCGGCUCCAGCUUCCACCCGGGGCGCAGGGCCGGUGGCGGGGACGCUUUGCCUGAUCGAGUCCGCACGCCGGUCCCCGCCGGCUCCUGCUCCAGGGGGAAUGAAGGACAGCCUAGCCGCUGCAGUCACAGUAGCCACCGUGGCUACAGGCCUUUUGCUCCAAAGCCUGCUGGGUUUUCUUACAGCCCAACCAGUUGGCCCCAGCGUGUGAUGCAUUCCCAACAACUUAGGACGACUAACCACCCCUCACCCCCACCCCCGGGAACCCAUCCGCUCUUCCUGCGGGACAGGCCCUGGUUGGCCUUGCCAAGGAGAGGUGGCACAAGGGGUGGGGCGAGAAGGCUUUUUGUGAACUGACAGGGAACCACAUCAUUGCUCAGCCAAAAAAAUAAAAGUAAUU